AUGGAUGCUAGUGCGCGCGGCAGCGGAGCCGGGUCGUCGUCCACUGCCAUCAUCCUGUCCAGCCGGGAAGAAGCCACCUACGGAGAGAAGGAGGGCGCGACGUUGCUUAAAAAGAACGUGUACCAGGCCUACGUGAACUUUUGCGGCGAGAACAACUUUGAAUGCACCAACGCAGCGUCGUUCGGCAAGAUCUUCAAGCGCGUGUUCCCGCGGGUCCAGAUGGCGCGCUUGGUGGUGGACAAGGGCAAGAAGGGCUGGCACUACAGCGGCCUCACGGUCAAGCGAGGGCCGCAGGCCACCGCUGCCAACAGCGCCCACCACGGCCUCUCGGCCGACUCGUUGAUCGGUAGCCACGAGGAGCAGACGGCCGGGCGGCGCAGGCGCAGGGAAAAGCGGCCGUCAUCACCCAAUCGGGGCUAUCAGCAGACUUUCAGGGUCGACGACGGCAAUCGGUCAGCCGCGGCAUCCAUCAACGACUCAUCGAGCUACGUCGAACGCGGUCUGUCUGCGGCGCCUUCAUCCACACAACAAAUGGCGCUCAGCCUCAUACUGUCGGCAUCAUCAGCGCCCGAUGUCGACACUUCUUUCACUCACCCUACCUACCCACCACCACCGUACAACCGACCGGCUUCCUCGAACGUCGAAUCCAUCUUCCCUCCUCCCCACGGCUUCCACUCGGCCCCCUCCAAUCGGCCUCUCUCGUCGGCGGUCGAUUGGAGCAGCGCCACGCCAAUCAAUUGCGGCAAGCGAAAGCGCUCGACCGAGAGAAACGAAGUGUACCUCGCCGGCGGCGGUGGUGCCGGUCACCACGUCACCGACCUGCUGCCGGGCGAGUACGCCCCCGGGGAACGCCGGGCUUCGUACGCCGACUAUGUGCCGCUAAGAGCCGACGUCGACGGCUUGAAGCGACCGAAUAGCGGCCUGUGGCCGCUUGACACGGCGCCGUCUCCCGCCACCCCUGGCCCAAUGUCGCCCGCAGUAGCGGGUCCCUCCUCCUACUCUCACUCCGCCGACAACAGGCAACGGCAGCACUCAACCGAGGCCCGCCGCUGCGGCGUGUGGAACUCCAAUGCCCACCUCUACCUCAUUGAAACCCUCCACCAGUACUGCCGCGUCUUUCGACAGGAGUCCUGGCCCGCCUUUCCAAUCAACCCGGCUUGCCUGAAGCUCAGCAACGUGCAGUAUGUGGUGACUUCCGAAGACGGCGCUCUCGAGCGAAGCCCGCUCGCUCUCUGUACAUAUUUCGCGCUCGCCUGCGGCAGCAUGGUGGUCGGCAACCUGCAGCGCUCACGAGAGUUUUGGGUCAAGUCAAGGGAGCUGUUGGGGGAGCUGUUCGAUUCGAACGACUACGACGUGGCGUGCGUGCUGCGACACAGCGCCAACCUGUCGCGCGUGCUGGAUGAAAGCGAGGGUCGGAUGGCCAAGGGCUUCUGCUACCUGACCAUGAGCAAGCAGAUCUGCGAGCGAAUCGGGGCGGUGAACGACGAGAACUACGAGCUCACGCUUAAGAUGAUGAACGGCUACUACCGCGUGCCCGUCGAGGCUGAGAUGGAGUACGCGCAGACGCAGCCCAAGUGGAACAAGAACUGGAAGGAGGGCAAGCUCUGCGUGUCACAGUACAAGUACGGCCGCGUCACCUCGGUCAUCAAUGACUCCCUCAUGGAGUCUUUUCAGGGCAUCACGGCUGCGAUCUGCGGCGACUACUCCCCACACGAAAAGCGAAGAAAGCUGCAAGUCGAGCUGAUCAAGCUGGAGCGGCUGGAGGAGGCGACGGAUCGGGUCGACAGCCACUACGGCGGUGCAGGGCCUCGGCAGCUGCUGCAGAUCAUCCGCGCGCUCCUCCACUUCUUUCGCGCCGUGGCCUUGCGGCACAUCGGCACCGAGCAGGAGGCGCUGGCUAGCAACGUCGCCUUCGUCGAAUUCCUCACCAAGCGGCUGCACACGUCGUCCUUCUUCAUCAGCUGGACCGAAGUGUCGUCCAUGCUGCUCUUCACGCAGGAGAUGCCGGGCCUCCUCUGCUCCCUGCUCGACGCCCAGCGACUGCCGCUCCUCCAGGCGCUCUUCCACACGCUCGAGCCGCUCAUCAAGGACCUCGACUGGCUGCGCACCACCUACGAGAGCCUCCGGGCGGUGGUCGACCACUACUACGCCUCGCGCGGCCAGCAGCCGCCCGACGCGCUCCUCUCCUCGCCCCUGCCCUCGCCCAUGACCCUCCCGCCACCGACGGUACCCCGAACCUCCACCGAUCCGGCAUCGACGCUCGCCUACCUGCCGCUCUCCUCUUCUUCCUUGUCCUCUUCGUGCUCUUCCUCCUCCUCGCCACCACUCCCCUCUUCCGCCUCUCCGCCCUCCCUCGCUCAUCUCCUCGCCUUGUAA